AUGGACAACUCAUCAGAUUCCGAUCAUGCCGUCAUUUCUUACUCUAAUGUAGCCGCAAUUGGUGUUGGAGUAGCACUGGUUGCGGCAGGUGCAAUCUAUUCAAAUUACAAGGUGAUUAGAGAUAAUAUGUCAUCAUUAAUGAUUGACGAAUCAAUAGGAACCACUGAUAAUGUUGAUUGGAAUUGUUUGACUAUUCCAGCUGAAACACAAGGCUGUUCACAAGCCAGAGUCUUCUCAAAAUUAGCCGACCGUCAGUUGGUUACAACUGGCAAAUCCGAACGUGAAGGUCGUAAAUUUCAGACAAUUUAUGAAGGAUUCAAAAUUGGAAAAGAAAUCGCAAAAAAAAUAGGUGAUGGAAAAUGUUUAGGUUAUCGUCAAAAUAGAGAAUCACCUUAUGAGUGGUUGUCAUAUGAUCAAGUUGAACAAGGAGCAAUUGAAAUUGGCAGCGGUUUAAUUCAUAUUGGCGAAAAUUUUGGUCAAAAAACUUUUAUUGGAAUUUAUGCUGUGAAUAGUGUAGAAUGGAUGAUGACAGCAGUCGCUUGCCAUUUUCAUUCUAUGAUUUAUGUUCCGUUAUACGAUACUUUAGGAGAAAUUGCUAUUGUUCACAUUAUUAAUCAAACUCGUUUAAGUACAAUUUUUGUUGAUAAACCGGAGAAUGUAUUAAAUUUAAUCAAAUUACGGUCAAAAGUCCAAUCAUUAAAACGUUUAGUCAUUACGAGAACAAUGCCGGCUGAAAAAGAAAUCGAAAUUAGAAAACAAGCAACUGAAGCUAAUCUCGAAAUAACAACAUUCAAUGAAUUGCGGGAACAAGGGCGAGCACAUCCAUCGCCUGAUCAUCCACCUAAACCAGAUGAUUUAAUUGAAAUAUGUUAUACAAGUGGCACAGCAGGUUUGCCAAAAGGAGCUAUGUUAACACAAACAAAUAUCAUUAGCAUUAUACAAUCGAUAUCAGAGUUUUUUAGGCUAGUAUUUACUGAACAAGAAACACUCAUUUCAUAUUUACCAUUAGCACACAGUUAUGAACAAGGUAUUGAAUUAUUUUGUUUGUGUAGUGGUCAUAAAAUUGGUUAUUAUCUCGGUGAUGUUCGUCAGUUAGCUGAUGAUAUAAAAGCACUAAAACCGACAGUAAUGCCAUGUGUACCACGUUUGUUGAAUCGAAUGUAUGAUAAUAUUCAAACAACAAUUGGACGUUUAGGAUUCUUUAAACGUUCUUUAUUUCAAUAUGCAUUUUCAAUGAAAUACGAAGAAAUAAUGCAAAAACAUCGUGUUAAUCGUCAUCUCAUAUGGGAUAAAGUGAUAUUUAAACAAAUUCAACAACGUCUCGGUGGAAAUUUGAAAUUAGUUGUUAAUGGUGCUGCACCAUUGUCGCCAAAAAUAUUAGAAUUUUUAAAGAUAGUAUGUGGUGCAUACGUUGUCGAAGGUUAUGGACAGACAGAAUGUUGUGGUAUGGCAUCGUGUCAACCACCUGGUGAUUCAUCAGUAGGAAAUAUUGGUGUCCCAUUAGCUUGUAAUAUGAUUAAAUUGUGUGAUGUACCUGAUAUGGAGUAUUAUGCAAAAGAUAAUAUCGGAGAAUUAUGUAUUAAAGGUUCGAAUGUAUUUGCUGGUUAUUAUAACGAUGAAGAAAAAACAAGAGAAGCAAUAGAUGAGGAUGGAUGGUUACAUACCGGUGAUAUUGCUUCGUGGAUGAAGACCGGGCAAAUUCAAAUAGUGGAUAGAAAGAAACAUAUGUUUAAAUUGUCUCAGGGUGAAUACCUUGCGCCCGACCGCUUAGAAAAUGUUUAUAUUCAAAGCAAAUAUGUUGCACAAGUGUAUGUGCAUGGUAACGCUUAUAAAAGUUGUACAGUAGCCAUUAUUGUUCCUGAUAGUGAAGUUUUAGAAAACUAUGCAAAAAGUAAUAAGUUAACGACUGAUAUGAUAGAAUUAUGUAAAAGAAAGGAUAUUAAACAGCUUAUUUUGGAUGACAUGAAAAAUUUAGAAACAGCAAAUGACUUAAAAGGAUUCGAAAAAGCGAAAGAUAUUUAUCUACAUCCUGAAGUAUUUACCAUCGAAAAUAAUUUGUUAACACCAACGCUAAAGUCAAAACGUCCAGAAUUGGCAAAAUAUUUUGAUAAACAAAUUGAAGAGAUGUAUAAAAAUAUCGAUUAA